AUGGCGGAUCCUCCUGCUCCCGACCGCUGCAUCCUAAUUCCAGACGAGAUCGCCAUCUGGGAGAUCCUCGUCCGCCUGCCCCCCAAAUCUCUCAUCCGCUGUCGUGCCGUCUGCCCCGCCUGGCGCCGCGCCACCUCCACCCGCGACUUCCUCCUCGCGCACCAUGCCCGCCAGCCCACCCUCCCCAUCCUCUGCAGCUUAGAAGACAACGACGACGAUGACGCGUCUCUAUACAUCACCCCCUUCGACCACCGGACAUCCGGCAAGCUCCAGCCCUUGGCGCGACUUGACGCCGCCUCGGACAUCUGUCUAAGACUAAGUGCCUCCUGUGGUGGCCUCCUCGUCCUCUCCUUCCGCAACAUGAGCUCCUUUGGCUGCCAAUUCUCCAUUUGCAACCCUGCCACUCGUCAGUAUGCUCCCCUCCCGCUGGAUUAUGGCCCUACCGUCGAGUACACAAUCUUUGGGAUCUACCCGCAUAUCCCUACCGGCGAGUACCGGCUAUUGCUUCACAGGCUCCACAUGUUGAGGUGUGAUGGCUGCUACGUCUUCUCGUUAGGCUCCGGCCAGCAGCUGAGGUACGUAGGCAGGCCCGAUCUGUGGAAACUCACAGGCUCCCCCAGAUCUGUCUUGUUCCGUGGUAGCCUGCAUUGGCACUCAUCAGGCAUCAUGGUGAUGGUAUUCGACACCACAUCUGAGUCGUUCUGGCGGAUGCGUUCUCCAGUUUUCCCUGGCUAUGCUGACCUAUAUGAUAUUGGUGACAUGCUUGGGCUAUGCAGUCAUGACAAUGAGUGGACAAGUGUUAGUAUCUGGGCACUGCAGGAUUAUGAAGGCGAGGUCUGGACCUUAAAAUACCGUGUUAAAUUACCGGUUGCAGAAAUCUGGGUCCAUGAUAAGCUCGACAGCGAUUGGGAUGUGGUGGUCGGUUCAUGGGAUGGUGAUGUGGUCCUGCUGGUUACCGUUGAUGGCGGCAACAUGCUAUUUCAGGUUGACAUCAAUGGCAAGUUGGUUGCGACUAUCUGCUGUUGCAGAGACCUCUACUCAGCUCAUCUUUGGCUCAAACAAACUCUAGUUUUGCAUACCUUCUUUCCGACACUUGAGGGGUAUGCAGCGAAUGCUUUGCCAUUUAUCUGA